CUUUAACUCCAUCACAGUUUGAAAAAGAAAUAUCAAGCGUUUAUAUCAAGAAAUAACUCAAGAAUAAUGUUUAAAUUAAAUAAACUUUUUGUGGCAACAUUAAUAGCUUUGAUUGCUAUUGUUUCUUGUAAAACUGAUGCGAUCGAGGUAACUGAAAUUGAAAAGAAUAUUAAAGACACAAGUCCAGCAGAGACUGCUGUCUUAACACAGUUGAAAGUGGUAGAAUCCGAUUCUGGUGCUGCCAUUUACACAUAUAAAUGUACCGUUGGUACUUAUCAAUCAAAUCGUUUGGCUUGUACUGCUCAUGAUAGCACGUCAUGGAAUUCUCUUCAUAAUGUUGAAUUAAAAUUACGUUGUCCUAGAAGUGGAAGUGGUCUAACGUUGUCUUAUGUUGAAAUCAUUUAUUCGGUCUCAUCUCCAAGUGUUAAUUGUUAUGUUCAUGAGGGAGCAGUCGGUCUGGGAUAUAUAGGCGUAACUGUGAAUGCUUGGAAUACUUUGAUAUUUAAUUACUCUGCUAAUUUUUAUACCUACUAAAUGUUUAAGGUUUUUUAAUGAUUAGUCUCGAUUUAAAAUAAAGUGAUAAUACUAAGA